AUGACUGAAGCUCAAACAUCGUUGCCUAUUAUUGAUAUAGGCCCAUUGCUCCUUAAUGAUUCAAAUGAUAUUCAUCAACAAGAAACUGCUGCACAACUUCAUCAGGCAUGUCGUACCUGGGGUUUUUUCUAUGUUAAAAAUCAUGGUAUCCCCAUGAAAUUACAGGAAGAAUUAAUUGAAUUUAGUCGAAAAUUUUUUUCAUUACCAUUAGAAAAUAAAAUGCAAAUAGCAAUGAGUAAAGGUGGUCGAGCUUGGCGUGGUUAUUUUCCCGUUGGUAAUGAAUUAACAAGUGGAAAACCAGAUGGUAAAGAAGGUCUUUAUUUUGGUACAGAAAUUGAUGAUGAUAAUCAUCCAAAAGUUCAUAAUAAAGUACCAUUACAUGGACGAAAUCAAUUUCCUCCUAUUGGAGAUGAUGAAAAUGAAUUUCGUCAUGUUAUAUUAACUUAUAUGACAACUAUGGAAAAUCUUGGCCGAAUAAUUAUGUCUGGUCUUGCACGUUCACUUAAAUUAGAUGCAAAUUUUUUUGAUAAAAAUUAUUUUCUUAAUGAACCCACUUGUCUAUUUCGUAUAUUUAAUUAUCCAGCUUCAUUUUGUCAACAGAAAGGAAAUGAAAAUUUAUGGGGUGUUGGUGAACAUACUGAUUAUGGUAUGUUAACAAUUUUAUUACAAGAUGAUAUUGGAGGUUUACAAGUGAAAAUUAAUCAUGAUAAAUGGAUAGACGCACCACCAAUACCUAAUACAUUUAUAUGUAAUAUUGGCGAUAUGCUUGAUAGAAUGACAGGUGGAUAUUAUAGAUCAACACCACAUCGUGUACGUAAUUUAUCACCAUCGCAUGAUCGAUUAUCAUUUCCAUUUUUUCUUGAUCCUAAUUGGGAUACUCAAGUAUUACCUAUACCUAUGGAAGGAAUAACAACAGUAGAUGAUGAUGAUGCUGAACAUCGAUGGGAUAAAGCAAGUGUGCAUACAUUUUCUGGAACAUAUGGAGACUAUUUAUUGAAAAAAGUUAGCCGAGUAUUUCCAAAUCUUGCUGAAGAACAAACUAUUAUUGGAACGAAUUCAUAUUAA